UGGCGGCGGCCGCGAGCACCCUUCUCUUCUUGCCGCCGGGGACUUCAGACUGAGUCUUCCCUGGAAGAGUGGGACUGCAGGUUCCCUGCGUCCCGGGAGCCCGAACCAACUUGGUUCCUCCAUUACUGGUGGGGAAGGGCAUAUCCUCUUGUGUAGAACUUAGGCCCUCCCCGCCGUCAGGAUGAAGGCUCAGGGGGAGACCGAGGAGUCGGAAAAGCUGAGUAAGAUGAGUUCUCUCUUGGAACGGCUCCAUGCAAAAUUUAACCAAAAUAGACCUUGGAGUGAAACCAUUAAGCUUGUGCGUCAAGUCAUGGAGAAGAGAGUUGUAAUGAGUUCUGGAGGGCACCAACAUUUGGUUAGCUGUUUGGAGACAUUGCAGAAAGCUCUCAAAGUAACAUCUUUACCAGCAAUGACCGACCGUUUGGAGUCUAUAGCAAGACAGAAUGGACUGGGCUCUCAUCUCAGUGCCAGUGGCACUGAAUGUUACAUCACGUCAGAUAUGUUCUAUGUGGAAGUGCAGUUAGAUCCUGCAGGACAGCUUUGUGAUGUAAAAGUGGCUCACCAUGGGGAGAAUCCUGUGAGCUGUCCAGAGCUUGUACAGCAGCUAAGGGAAAAAAAUUUUGAUGAAUUUUCUAAGCACCUUAAGGGUCUUGUUAAUCUUUAUAACCUUCCAGGGGACAACAAAUUGAAGACUAAAAUGUACUUGGCUCUCCAAUCCUUAGAACAAGAUCUAUCUAAAAUGGCAGUUAUGUACUGGAAAGCAACCAAUGCUGGUCCCUUGGAUAAGAUUCUUCAUGGAAGUGUUGGCUAUCUCACUCCAAGAAGUGGGGGUCAUUUAAUGAACUUGAAGUAUUAUGCCUCUCCUUCUGACCUGCUGGAUGAUAAGACAACAUCCCCUAUCAUUUUGCAUGAGAAUAAUGUUCCUCGAUCUUUGGGCAUGAAUGCAUCAGUGACAAUUGAAGGAACGUCUGCUAUGUAUAAACUCCCAAUUGCACCACUAAUUAUGGGAUCACAUCCAGUUGACAACAAAUGGACUCCCUCCUUCUCCUUAGUUACCAGUGCCAACAGUGUUGAUCUUCCUGCUUGUUUCUUCUUGAAAUUUCCCCAGCCACUUCCAGUAUCUAGAGCAUUUGUUCAGAAAAUUCAGAACUGCACAGGAAUUCCAUUGUUUGAAACUCAGCCAACUUAUGUACCCCUCUAUGAACUGAUCACUCAAUUUGAACUGUCAAAGGAUCCUGACCCCUUACCUUUGAAUCACAACAUGCGAUUUUAUGCUGCUCUUCCAGGUCAACAGCACUGCUAUUUCCUCAACAAGGAUGCUCCUCUUCCAGAUGGUAGAAGUCUACAGGGAACCCUUGUUAGCAAAAUCACCUUUCAGCACCCUGGCCGGGUUCCUCUUAUCCUGAAUCUGAUCAGACACCAAGUGGCCUAUAACACCCUGAUAGGAAGCUGUGUCAAAAGAACUAUUCUGAAGGAAGAUUCUCCAGGGCUUCUCCAAUUUGAAGUGUGUCCCCUCUCGGAGUCUCGUUUCAGCGUGUCUUUUCAGCACCCUGUGAAUGACUCCCUGGUGUGUGUGGUAAUGGAUGUGCAGGACUCAACACAUGUGAGCUGUAAACUCUACAAGGGGCUGUCAGAUGCACUCAUUUGCACAGAUGACUUCAUUGCCAAAGUUGUUCAAAGAUGUAUGUCGAUUCCUGUGACGAUGAGGGCUAUUCGGAGGAAAGCUGAAACCAUUCAGGCCGACACCCCAGCACUGUCCCUCAUUGCAGAGACAGUUGAAGACAUGGUGAAAAAGAACCUGCCCCCGGCUAGCAGCCCAGGGUAUGGCAUGACCACAGGCAACAACCCAAUGAGUGGUACCACUACACCAACCAACACCUUUCCGGGGGGUCCCAUUACCACCUUGUUUAAUAUGAGCAUGAGCAUCAAAGAUCGGCAUGAGUCGGUGGGCCAUGGGGAGGACUUCAGCAAGGUAUCUCAGAACCCAAUUCUUACCAGUUUGUUGCAAAUCACAGGGAACGGGGGGUCUACCAUUGGCUCGAGUCCGACCCCUCCUCAUCACACGCCGCCACCUGUCUCUUCGAUGGCCGGCAACACCAAGAACCACCCGAUGCUCAUGAACCUUCUUAAAGAUAAUCCUGCCCAGGAUUUCUCAACCCUUUAUGGAAGCAGCCCUUUAGAAAGGCAGAACUCCUCUUCCGGCUCACCCCGGAUGGAAAUGUGCUCGGGAAGCAACAAGACAAAGAAGAAGAAGUCAUCAAGAUUACCACCUGACAAACCAAAGCACCAGACUGAAGAUGACUUUCAGAGGGAGCUAUUUUCAAUGGAUGUUGACUCACAAAACCCUAUCUUUGAUGUCAACAUGACAGCUGACACGCUGGAUACGCCACACAUCACUCCAGCUCCAAGCCAGUGUAGUACUCCCCCAACAACUUACCCGCAACCAGUACCUCACCCCCAACCCAGUAUUCAAAGGAUGGUCCGACUAUCCAGUUCAGACAGCAUUGGCCCAGAUGUAACUGAUAUCCUUUCAGACAUUGCAGAAGAAGCUUCUAAGCUUCCCAGCACUAGUGACGAUUGUCCACCCAUUGGCACCCCUGUUCGAGAUUCUUCAAGCUCUGGGCAUUCUCAGAGUGCCCUCUUUGACCCUGAUGUCUUUCAAGCCAAUAAUAAUGAAAAUCCAUACACUGAUCCAGCUGACCUUAUUGCAGAUGCUGCUGGCAGCCCCAGUAGUGACUCACCUACCAAUCAUUUUUUUCCUGAUGGAGUAGAUUUCAAUCCUGAUUUGUUGAACAGCCAGAGCCAAAGUGGUUUUGGAGAAGAAUAUUUUGAUGAAAGCAGCCAAAGUGGAGAUAAUGAUGAUUUCAAAGGAUUUGCAUCUCAGGCACUAAAUACUUUGGGGGUGCCAAUGCUUGGAGGUGAUAAUGGGGAGACUAAGUUUAAAGGCAAUAGCCAAGCUGACACGGUUGAUUUCAGUAUUAUAGCAGUGGCUGGUAAGGCUUUGGGUCCUACAGAUCUUAUGGAGCAUCACAGUGGUAGCCAGAGUCCUUUAUUGACCACUGGGGACUUAGGGAAAGAAAAGACUCAAAAGAGAGUAAAGGAAGGCAAUGGUGCCAGUAAUAGUCUGUCAGGGACAGGAUUAGACAGCAAACCAGGGAAGCGCAGUCGAACCCCUUCUAAUGAUGGCAAAAGCAAAGAUAAGCCUCCAAAGCGGAAGAAGGCAGACACUGAGGGAAAGUCUCCAUCUCACAGUUCUUCUAACCGACCUUUCACCCCACCUACUAGUACAGGUGGAUCCAAAUCUCCAGGCAGUUCAGGAAGAUCUCAGACUCCCCCAGGUGUUGCCACACCACCCAUUCCCAAAAUUACUAUUCAGAUUCCUAAGGGAACUGUGAUGGUGGGCAAGCCCUCUUCUCACAGUCAGUAUACCAGCAGUGGUUCUGUGUCUUCCUCAGGAAGUAAAAGCCACCAUAGCCAUUCUUCCUUAUCUUCUGCUUCCAACUCAGGCAAGAUGAAAAGCAGUAAAUCAGAAGGUUCAUCAAGUUCUAAGUUAAGUAGCAGUAUAUAUUCUAGCCAAGGGUCUUCUGGAUCUAGCCAGUCUAAAAAUUCAUCCCAGUCUGGGGGAAAGCCAGGCUCCUCUCCUAUUACCAAGCAUGGACUGAGCAGUGGCUCCAGCAGCACCAAGAUGAAACCUCAAGGGAAGCCAUCAUCACUUAUGAAUCCUUCUUUAAGUAAACCAAACAUAUCCCCUUCCCAUUCAAGGCCACCUGGAGGCUCUGAUAAGCUUGCCUCUCCAAUGAAGCCUGUUCCUGGGACUCCCCCAUCCUCUAAAGCCAAGUCCCCUAUCAGUUCAGGUUCUGGUGGUUCUCACAUGUCUGGAACUAGUUCAAGCACCGGCAUGAAGUCAUCUUCAGGGUUAGGAUCCUCAGGCUCAUUGUCUCAGAAAACUCCCCCAUCAUCUAACUCUUGUACAGCAUCUUCCUCUUCCUUUUCCUCAAGUGGCUCUUCCAUGUCAUCCUCUCAGAACCAGCAUGGGAGUUCCAAAGGGAAAUCUCCCAGCAGAAAUAAGAAGCCGUCUUUAACAGCUGUCAUAGAUAAACUGAAGCAUGGGGUUGUCACCAGUGGCCCUGGGGGUGAAGACCCAAUGGACGGCCAAAUGGGGGUGAGCACAAAUUCUAGCCAUCCUGUGUCCUCCAAACAUAACAUGUCUGGAGGAGAGUUCCAGGGCAAGCGUGAGAAAAGUGAUAAAGACAAAUCAAAGGUUUCCACUUCGGGGGGCUCAGUGGAUUCAUCUAAGAAGACCUCAGAGUCUAAAAAUGUGGGGAGCACGGGUGUGGCAAAAAUUAUCAUCAGCAAGCAUGAUGGGGGAUCCCCCAGCAUUAAAGCCAAAGUGACUUUGCAGAAACCUGGGGAAGGUGGUGGAGAAGGGCUUAGGCCUCAGAUGGCCUCUUCCAAAAACUAUGGCUCUCCACUCAUCAGUGGUUCUACUCCAAAGCACGAGCGUGGCUCUCCCAGCCAUAGUAAGUCACCAGCAUAUACCCCCCAGAAUCUGGACAGUGAAAGUGAGUCAGGCUCCUCCAUAGCAGAGAAAUCUUAUCAGAACAGUCCUAGCUCAGAUGAUGGCAUCCGACCUCUUCCAGAAUACAGCACAGAGAAGCAUAAGAAGCACAAAAAAGAAAAGAAGAAAGUAAAAGACAAAGAUAGGGACCGGGACAAAGACCGAGACAAGAAAAAAUCUCAUAGCAUCAAGCCAGAGAGUUGGUCUAAAUCACCCAUCUCUUCAGACCAGUCCUUGUCUAUGACAAGUAACACAAUCUUAACUACAGACAGGCCCUCAAGGCUCAGCCCUGACUUUAUGAUUGGGGAGGAAGAUGACGAUCUUAUGGAUGUGGCCCUGAUUGGCAACUAGGAACCUAUUUAAAGCAAAAAUAUGGCCAGAAAAGAACUAAGUGUAUAGGCAAAUCACCAUAAGGAGUGAGUCAGACAGGUCUGAUUUUGUAUUUAAGAAUCUUAAAUGGCAUGGCUUUGACACCAAGUGGGAUGAAUUUUGAAAGGCAUAGCCGGACCCUACUAAAGAGACCAUAGGGUUUG